AUGGACCACGUCACCGCCAGCCUAAUGGCUUUGUUUGAAAGCCUUGAUGGUCAUGAGCUAAUUAUUCCAUCACAACAUAAGCUCAACCCUGGCUGGGAACUCAGGGAACAUGAUCCAAGCCAUAAGAGCAUCAAGGACGAGCUGACUAGCUGGGUUGAAAGUCGGUGGUCUGAUAUUCCAAACCGAACGAUGAUUGAAGCCCUCAACCUACCAAAUUGGGUUGCAUUGUUGUACCCUAAUGUAAAGUAUGAAAAGCUUCUCACAAUAGCGAAGAGCCUUUCUUGGAUCUUUGCUUGGGAUGAACCCCUUGACGAUGGAAAAUUCACACAUGACCCUGUCGGGGCUAUCAACUACUGCAAUGAGACUAUCGAAUUCAUAGAGCUUCUUCGCGAUCCAAGUCAAGUUUCGUCCGCAACUCAUCCAGAUCCUAAUAUUGCUUCAUUCAAAGACUCAUUCGUGGACAUUUGGGAGAGUCAUCCAGUGUGCACUAAACGAUACCUUAAUGAGUGCUUGCUUUUUGUGCGCGGAACGUCGGAAGCAGUUGAACGCCGGGAAAAGAACCAGGUUCCUACACUGGCCGACUAUUUUGAUUGGAGAGUACUCAACCUUGGCUUUGAGAUAUACUUCACCUUGGUCGAGUACUCGCAAGAUCUUCAGGUCCCCGACGAAUGCUCGAAGCCGAACCCAUUCAUGCAGACCAUCUUCCGAGAGGCCUCUUUGAUCAUAUCUAUAUAUAAUGACCUUCUUUCUCUUCCAAAGGAACUAGACGCAGGUCAAUUUGAGAGCUGCGUGCCAAUCAAAAUGUUCGAAUUUGGACUAUCAUUGGACAAGACCAUUAACAGCUUCGGUCAAAUGAUCCACGAUUGUGCGGCACGGUUCAACAAAGCCGAACAGGACCUGUAUAGUCAAACCAGUCCCGAUAGCUUGGCAUCUGUUCAGGCAUUUGUGCAGGGUAUAAAGCAGCAAGUUGUGGGCACCCUGAAACACUUCUACUUCAUGAAACGAUAUGUUGCCAAAGGUGUCAAUCAACCGGAUGGUUCGAUUAAGUUCAAAAUAUCGUUGGAACAGUGA